AUGCAUUUUCUCAAUCUUGUUCUCAUUGGGACAAUAUUGGUUGCUGGUGCUCACGGAGCCAGCGUAGCUGGAAAAGUUUGCACGGAAGCUGACAAAAUGAUGGCAGUUUCGUGUGGAUUGCGUCUCAUCGAUUUCGCUGGAAAAGCGCAAAACCUUGACAUAGAGGAUGAUGACGAGAUGGCAGAGUUUCAUAGAGGCUGUGAGGCUCUCAGCGACUGCAACAAGACACUCAAUCACUGCCCACUUUUUAAUGAUGCUGAUGCAGUAGACGCGUUUGGAAAUGUGAAAAAUUAUUGCUCCAUCAUCAAGUUUGUCGUUGAUGAUUUUGCCGAUUGUGAAAGGAAGUUGGAUGAGAAGAACUUGUCAUGCUACGAAGACUGGAGUCCAUUCUAUAACUAUGUCGAAAUGAAGGACCCGAAGAAAGUUCAGGAUGUGUGCAAAAACUUUUUUGGAAAAAGAAAUUGUCUCAAGAAGGAGGUCACUGAGGCUUGUGGUAAAGGUCAUUGGGAGAAGCUCAAGAAUAAUCUGCUGUAUUUGAACGAGAACGCCAAAAAAUGCGACUUCAAAGGAAUUAUCUAA